AUGUCGUCGGCGUCGCGGAGCGGGAGGCGGCGGACCGGGAGCGUGGCGCUCGGGGACCUUCUGCGGCGGGAGGCGUCGGCGGAGCGGGCCGCGCUGGGAGGCGACGGCGACGGCGAGCGGGAGCGGCGGCCCUCGGUCGCGGUGGGGCAGGCCUGCCGGGCGAAGAAGGGCGAGGACUUCGCGCUGCUCAAGCCCGCCUGCGACCGGCGCCCCGGCGCGCCGUCCACCUCCUUCUCCGCCUUCGCCCUGUUCGAUGGGCACAACGGGAGCGCCGCCGCGGUGUACGCCAAGGAGCACCUCCUCGGCAACGUGCUCGGCUGCGUCCCGACCGAUCUGAGCAGGGACGAGUGGCUCGCCGCGCUCCCGAGGGCGCUCGUCGCGGGGUUCGUCAAGACCGACAAGGAUUUCCAAACCAAAGCUCAUUCUUCGGGGACAACCGUGACUCUUGCCAUAAUUGAUGGCUCCGUUGUAACUGUUGCAUCCGUUGGUGAUUCACGUUGCGUCCUUGAAGCUGAGGGAUCCAUCUACUAUUUGUCGGCUGACCAUCGCUUUGACGCUAAUGAAGAGGAGGUUGGACGUGUAACCGAAUGCGGAGGUGAAGUUGGAAGGCUAAAUGUCGUCGGUGGUGCUGAGAUUGGUCCCCUUAGAUGUUGGCCAGGUGGUCUAUGCCUCUCAAGAUCGAUUGGUGAUCAGGACGUAGGUGAAUUUAUCAUUCCGGUUCCUUAUGUGAAGCAAAUUAAGCUGUCUAAUGCUGGAGGCCGUCUUAAUAUUUCAAGCGACGGUGUUUGGGAUGCUUUAACUGCGGACAUGGCUUUUAGAUGUGCACGAGGGCUUCCUCCUGAGGCUGCAGCUGAGCAAAUUGUUAAAGAAGCAGUUGAAUCAAAAGGAUUGAGAGAUGAUACAACUUGCAUUGUCAUUGACAUAAUACCACCAGAGAAACCAAAAUGCACUAUAGAAUCUCCAAAAACGCCAGGAAAAGGCCUUGUACUUCUAAAAAAAUUCUUUUUAAGGAAAACGGCAUCUGACUCGUUGUCUCUCGCUGAUACGGAUAAUUAUCCUGAGCCAGGCUUAAUUCUGAAUAUCCUGUCCGAGAUAUGUUCAAACUUUUUGCAUGUGCAAUUUGUCAAAUUGACUUGGAAUCUGGUCAAGGCAUAUCCAUACACGAGGGUUUGUCAAAGCCAGGAAAGUUGCAUCCCUGGGAUGGCCCUUUCCUUUGUCACAGUUGCCAGGAAAAGAAAGAGGCGAUGGAGGGGAAGCGUCACUCACGAGGAUCAUGUGCUGGGCCUCUCCUUCUUAGCUGUUGUCUCUCAGAUGCCUCCAUAUAGUGAUUUUCCAGAUGAUGCUGAAGAGAGACCUGAGACAUCAGAAACCAUCAUGGUCUUUGGAGACUCUCCCCUCCUCUGA